AUGCAUGCGUAUCGAUCACAAAGUUGUCUGUUCACCUCUUCCUCCUUCCUCCAUCAUAUCCUCUCCACCAACUCGCGCGCGGAGUUUAUUUCUCUCAGUAUUCAUGCCCGACUUUCGAAUGCAGAGACGAUUGCAAAGAUCUUUUCGCCAGAGGUGUUGUCGAAGGAUUUGUUGGAUCGAUUGUAUUCGAACAGGACAUGGGUUAAGCAUAAGGAGUGGAAGGCGUAUCCUAACCUGAGGCCUAUUUCUCUGGUGGAGGGGGAGGAUAGUGCAGAGCCCGAGUUUGUGGUUGGUGACGGAGAGAGUGCGUCAUCGGAGCAGAAACAGGCAGUGUUUGAGAAGCAUACCCGAAAGCAGCACGAACAGGAUGCACAGAAGAAGGCGAUUGAGGCUUGGGGACAGGUGGAGGUCGUUCCGGGUGUGUUUUAUGUCAACUCCUUUGAGCCUCUCAUCUCCACGAUGGAGACGGAAACGAUUGCAGGAAAGAACAUUGCCAGGCUGUUGCGCGACCGGAUCGUAGGACAAUGCCCAGUGGAAAAGAUAGUCAAGCGAUAA